AUGAUUGUGAGCGCCAAGUCCGGUGGUGAUUCGGAGGAAAGAAAAUCGUUUCUAGAUAAGCCAAACUCUUCAAAAACCGCGAAUAGUGCAGUUAGUGGUGUGACGGAGAAGAGUGCGAAAACGGAGAAGUCCGCAAAGCGGUCCGAACAGAAAACUGAUCGAAGUACUAAAUCCGGGAAGUCAGCCACGACGACGAAAACUGAAAAUGGAAAUCAGUCAAUGGUUAGUCAGAAGUCGACGGCUUCAACUCAAAGUGUGGGUCGUCAGGGACCAAAAAUGAGCGACGGCACAGAAUUCGGCAGUGGUCCCUACGGCUACAUCUUCUCGUUCAUCUACCUUGGUGUCCUAUGGGGAUUGGCAAUUAUCCUGGCCAUCGUUCUCGUCUAUUUCAACUAUUCUCGACUGGAUCCCCAAUUUCCCACCUACUUUGGAGAUGGAUCUUUCCUCGGAGGUGUUCCAAAAGCCACAUUCGACCCAAACCCACGCAGAUUCCUGGAGGAUGGAAACCUAAAUGUGAUGGAAUGGAAUAUUUAUAACUUCGACUCAUACGUUAACUACUUGAUUCGCUACAAACAGCUGUUGAAAAACUAUUCCGGUGGUGACAGUGUCAAAAAACGUGUGGCUGGAAAGAAUUUGUGCAGCAAUCAAACGUUGACAGAAGCCGAAGCAUGCCGAUUCGAUAGAUUCACGGGAUUUGGCGAGUGUGUACUUUCCCAUGAGAACCUAGAACACGGCUUUGGAUUCAGCAAGGGUCAGCCAUGCAUCAUGCUGAAACUCAACAAAAUCGUUGGAUGGGCUCCGAAUUUCGAAGUCAAUGAAACUCAAACAUGCACCCCUGGCAAUUUGUGUUGUGGAGAGGGAAUUCAGUUUGAGUGUAAAUCUGAUGAUGAUGUGCAAUUCGAGUUUUUCCCAAAGACUGGAAUCCCAUCCUGCUACUUCCCCUACAUGAACCAAAAUGGAUAUGAACAACCGUUCCAAAUGGUCAAGUUAGCUAACAUCACUUUUAACAGAGAUACCACAAUAGAGUGCUACCCGAAAGACAAUUCUUUGAGAACUUUGGCUAGUGGGAAAGUGAACGAAGCAAGAUUCCAUAUCAAGAUGUCUGAUGAAUCGGUCGAUGAAGCAAAACGUAGUUGA